AAGUCAUGCAUAUUUUACAAAACAAUGAAGUCAACAGUUGAAUAAAUGCUUCUAAGUUUCUCUUUAUAUGUAUAAAUAUAGUAUAUAUGCUCAUGAGAGAGUGCCGGGGUGAUAAUUAAAGAGCUGAGCUGAGAGGGAGAAGUUAGAGAAAUCCAACAUGAUGAGCCCAACAGACUCCGAUCGUGAGAAGGAAGAAGGUAAGCAUUUGCAAAGCAAUGAGAAGGAGCAGACGAAAUUACAACUCAUGAAAGCCCUUGUUGAAAAGCAGGAUCCCUCUUCCAAGGAAGUUGACGACUUCACUCUUAGAAGAUUUUUGCGUGCUCGUGAAUUAGACGUAGAGAAGGGUUCUACAAUGUUUCUCAAAUAUUUGAAAUGGAGGCGAACAUUUGUUCCAAAUGGUUCCAUUUCUACGUCAGAGAUCCCCAAAGAAAUUAAUCAGAACAAGAUGUUUAUGCAAGGCUUUGACAAGAAAGGACGGCCUAUAGGUGUUGUACUUGGUGCCAGGCAUUUUCAAAAUAAGGGAGGUCUGGACGAAUUCAAGCGUUUUGUGGUCUAUAUUCUUGACAAACUAUGUUCAAGGACACCACCAGGAGAGGAGAAAUUUGUUGUAAUCGGGGACCUUAAAGGUUGGGGAUAUGCAAACACUGACCUUCGUGCAUACCUUGGAGCUCUAUCCAUUUUGCAGGAUUACUACCCAGAGAGACUUGGGAAGAUGUUUAUUGUGCAUGCGCCUUACGUAUUCAUGGCAGUAUGGAAAGUCGUUUAUCCUUUUAUAGACAACAAUACUAAGAAGAAGAUUGUAUUUGUAGAGGACAACAAGCUAAAAUCAACUCUGUUGGAAGAGAUAGACGAGAGCCAGCUCCCUGAAAUAUAUGGAGGCCAACUGCCAUUGGUUCCGGUCCAGGAGAGCUAAUCACCAAUGCACCUCAUCGGGCUAGAUAGCCGCGAAAUAUUACAAAUCAACAGUUUUUUAUUUGCUCGCCAAAACCACUAAGUUGCAUAUUAACGAUAAAAUCUGCAAAUCUUUACAUCUAUUUUCAUUUCAAACUUGUAAGACAA